UUUCUGGGAAACAGUAACCACAAAACUUCUAGCUCCCAAUUCUGAACCAUAAAUCAAUAGGAAUAUAAUAUAUAUUGGAUAUAAACAAGUACCUCUACUAAUACUAUAUGGUAUUUUGCUUGGCAUUUUGCUUGUACAUCAAUUCUUAAAACUUCCUUCAAUAUGUCUUCCAUUCUACCUCAAAACCAUACCAUUAGAUCCUCACAACAAGUCCUUACAUAUGAUAAAAUUGGAACGAUACAGAGAAGAUUUAGUACACAUCGGGUUCAUAACAUCUCUCGCCAUUUUCUCCUACCUGCACGAGUUUAUUGUGUCUCUUCCUCCUCUUCCUCCUCGUCCAAUAUUGCCACAAUCACCACCAAACUACCAACCGUCCCACAACCACUAACUUAUGACCCACUCACAAAAAUCGAAGCUAGCAAUACUACAACCACUAGUAGUACGAGAAGUGUACUAAAUGACCCGAGUUUAAAAUCCACGUGGGCUCAUCGAGCAUGGAUGGCAAGUGGGUGCACCACCGUGCUAAUUUCAUUAGCACGAUCUGCAGCAGGGGUACUCGACUCACAUAUGUGGGCCGGGCCCCUUAUAGCAGGCUGCAUUGGCUACGUCCUAUCAGACUUAGCAUCCGGAAUCUACCAUUGGGGAAUCGACAAUUACGGCAGCGCCAAAAGCCCUGUUUUCGGAGCCCAAAUCGAUGCCUUUCAAGGUCACCAUAAAUGGCCAUGGACAAUCACCCGUCGCGAAUUCUCCAACAAUCUCCAUUCCCUAGCACGUGCAGUUACAUUCACCGUCCUCCCAAUUGAUCUCCUCUGCAACAACCCGACGACUCUGGCAUUCGUCGGAGUUUGUUCAGGUUGCAUUAUGUUCAGCCAGCAGUUCCAUUCAUGGGCUCAUGGCACAAAAAGUAAGUUACCUUCAAUUGUGUUAGUACUACAAGAUGCUGGAAUACUUGUAUCGAGGGAACAACACGCUGCACAUCAUCGUGCGCCUUAUAACAACAAUUACUGCAUUGUGAGUGGAUUAUGGAACUCGAUUUUGGAUAGAACGAAGUUUUUUGAGUUGCUGGAGAUGAUUUUCUUCUUCAAAUUCGGAGUCCGGCCUAGAUCAUGGAGUGAACCAAAUUCAGAAUGGAUUGAAGAAACUGAGACACAAUCAAUUACUGCUUCACAUUGAAUUCAAUUAUAGUAUAUUUAUUAAGCUAUAUAUAUAUAUCAGUUAAUAUACAAUUUAAAGUUAAUUGGUGUACCUUUCAUUUUAUUUUUUCCUAUUAGUAUUGGAAUGAUAUUGAUUUUCAGAUUGAA